GCUCUGAGCCCGGUACUUGCCGUGUGGGAUCCCGGGGCCUCUCCUCUGCGUGGUCGCAGCCCGCGUUACUCCUGGAGGUGGCGGCAAGCCAUGGCGGCAGCCCUGGAGGAGCUACAGAAAGACCUGGAAGAAGUGAAGGAGUUGUUGGGAAAGGCCACUAGGAAAAGAGUCUGUGAUGUCCUAACAGCAGAAAAGUCCAAGUUAGAGACAGAAAUCAAGCACAAAACUAAGCAGAAUGGACAGCAGAAAGGAGAAACUAUUGAUAAGGAGAAACCAGCAGCUGUGGUUGCCCCCAUUUCAGUUGGGUACACAGUGAAAAUCAACAAUUAUGGAUGGGAUCAAUCAGAUAAAUAUGUGAAAAUCUACAUCACCUUAAAUGGUGUUCAGCAAGUCCCCACUGAGAAUGUACAGGUGCAGUUCAAAGAGAGGUCAUUUGAAGUUCUUGUAAAGAAUCUUAAUGGGAAGAACUACUCUAUGACUGUCAACAACCUCUUGAAGCCCAUCUCUGUAGAAGGUAGUUUAAGAAAGAUCAAGACUGAUACAGUUCUUGUACUAUGCAAAAAGAAGCAGGAACAGAAAUGGGAUUACCUGACCCAGGUGGAGAAAGAAUGCAAAGAGAAGGAAAAAUCUUCCUUUGAUAAUGACACAGAUCCUAGUGAGGGGCUGAUGAAUGUUUUGAAGAAAAUUUAUGAAGAUGGAGAUGAUGAAAUGAAGAGAACUAUUAAUAAAGCCUGGGUAGAGUCAAGGGAGAAACAAGCCAAAGGAGAGAGUGAAUUUUGAGACAAAAAGUCCUUUCAGCCACCAAUGUGGAAAUAUCCUUUCCAAUAAGGAACUGUUGCUGAGCUGCACAGAUGUAUUUGACAAGUAUAUUGUUUACACAGCCUUCUUCCAAGCAAAGACCAUGAACUCUUUCCAUUUCAUGCUGGAGGAUUUAUUUAAAAUAAAAUAUGCUUAUUUUAAAACACUUCUUUCAAGGAAAGUUGCCUUAGUGCCCUGGUUUUGUGUGCAAGAAAGGGUCAUUGUUUCCUUACUUCAAUGUCAAAAAAAGUCUUGCUAAUUAAAAAGCUAUAUAUUCCUUAUCUCUGGUGUUCAUCUGCACAAUUAAAGGGGUUGAAUCUAAUGUUCAAAGUAAUCUUGCUUUCCCUUCAAGGUUGGGCCUGGACAUUUAGUCUUGAGUCCUUCAACUUGAUAUUUUAGGAGGAGCGGGUAUAAAAUUUGAGGUGUGAGCCUGUGUUAAUAAGUUAUGGUAUAAGAUGACCCUUGCUCCUUAAGGAAUAGGAGGGGAAUGUUCGGUUACUGUUAUAAUUGGUAUAAAGAGCACUUGAUUCAAGUUUAAAGGAUUAACUUAAUAACCAGGUGUUACCACAAGGCAAGUCUACUAAUAUUAGGGAAUUAUUUGAAAAUAUACUAAAAAUUCAAACAAGUCACAACUGAGCAAAUAAGCCUAUAGUGGUAAAAACUAAUCUCAAAUUUCUCCUGAAUUUAACAAUUAAUAACAGUAAUAAAAUAAAGAAAAAAUAACUAGCAA